UUACAGAAUGCCAGGAAUGACCCAAAUCCUGAUGAAGACUAAUUAAAAUGAAGGUAAACAACCCACCCACAUAUAUAUCACCACUUUGUCACAUCAAAACUAAACUUGAGAUGACAUGAUCUGUGGGUUUUUUAGUCAGCAAUCAGCUUGGUGAAAUUAAAGGUACAUCAUGUCUGUGAUCAGUGUCUACCGAGCUUUGAUGACUGAUGAUACAAAAAUAUGUUGACUAUUGGAAAUAACAGCUGAACAUCAGUUUAUAAAUAAAAUAAAAAGAUGUAAUCUGAAAUUAUUUCUUAUAGCUGUUAUUUUGCAUAUUUUGUCACAUAAUACAGAAUGAGCACCUGCAUGUUUUUGCUUAUUUAUUAUUCUCAUUGGGUUAACAUUUUCCCCUUAUACAUUAUGCCAUUUCCAAGAAUGCAACUUCCAUUCUCAAAAAAGAAGUGAGAGUGUGGCAGUGCAGAAAAUUUCAUGUGACCAUAUACUGUUUGACUUUGUUGAAAUGGGAGAAGUGAGUCAAUUAACGAGGGUGAGUUCUACAUGAACACAGUUCACAUGAGAAGGUUUACAGAGAGGAGUCAGAAUUACGGGUUUCUGUGUGAAGUGGGAAUUGUGUCUUCCAGCUGACUCUGUGCCUCUGGGAAUGCUGUCUGGUGCAGCUUGGAGAUCAGAAAUUGGAGACCAUCUGCUUUGUUGAGCUAUCCAAAAGGAGACUGCUCUCUUCAGCCACCUUCCAUUCUGCUAAACUUGGAAGGCAACAGACUGCUACCUCAGCCACAAACGUGAAGGUCACAGGAGAUUUAACAUGGUCUCAUCAAUGAAAUGAAUAUAUUCCUGAAAAGGUUAUAUGCUAUAUGAAUCCUAAUACAUGGGUACUAUACAACAUUCUAUCAUCCACAUCAUCAGAGGAGCCCAAUCCUGUUUCUGGAGAUCUACCAAGCCUGAUCAAACAUAGCUGUCUGUAAUUAUCAACUGAAAUCUAUAAUAAAUGAUAAUAGAAUUGUCAUUUUUUUCUUAAUUAUUAUUUAACUUGAGUUUAAAGCCUGUACAGUGUACACCAGGUACUACGUCUCAUCAUUGCCCCCUUCUGGUCAAAACAAGUUACUUCUGCAAAAAGAAUAGUGACAAACUAGAGGGGUGCCCAGUCCUGUUCCAGGAGAUCUACCAUCAUGCAGAGUUCAUUGCCAGCCCUACUCCAACACACCUGUAUAUAAUUAUCAAGUUCUUCUGAAGAUCUUAAUUAGCUGGUUCAGGUUUGAUUAGGGUUAGGGUUGAACUGGGGGUUGGAGUUGCAGAAAGUCAAUAAAUUGCUGCCACACACACAGAUUAGCGCAUUCACUAGUUUAAGAUCUCACACAUAAAACACUCAGACUCUUGACAUUAAAAUACUAUUGAAAAUGGAAGAUAGAAAUAGAUACUCAUUCUGGUAUGCAAAUUAUGUUUUAUGGUUUUUUGGCAGAAGAUGAAUGUUACAAAGAUCACCAUUAAAGCGGAAGACUUUGACUUCUACAUUGAUUACAAUGGCAGCUACAAUGAGAAUUAUAAUGAGUCCUGCUGUGGUGGCUCAAUCUGUGAUCAGGAGUCUUCCAUGUACUUUGAUUCCAUUUUUAUUCCGGUCCUUUACUCUGUGGCGCUGGUAGUGGGGCUGCUGGGAAAUGGGCUGGUUCUGGUGGUACUGUGGAAGAAAAGGUGGAUCAUGAAUGCUACCGACAUCUUUAUCCUCCACCUUUGCUUAGCUGAUAUUCUACUGCUGCUAACGCUGCCCUUCUGGGCUGUAGAGGCAGCGAAUGAGUGGAUCUUCGGCAUAGCACUCUGCAAGCUGAUUGGAGCUCUGUUCAAGAUCAAUUUCUACUGUGGCAUUUUCAUGCUUUGCUGCAUCAGUCUUGACCGUUACUUGUCCAUCGUCCACGCAGUGCAGAUUUAUUCUCGUAAAAAGCCAAUAGUGACUCACUGUUGUUGCCUGACGGUCUGGCUCUUCUGUCUUCUGCUCUCCAUUCCUGACUGGAUAUUACGCAAGGACUACAAGGACUCCAGGCGUCAGGAGAAAACACAAUGUGUUUUGUAUCAUUUAUCUGAUUCUUUCCAUCUGGCUGCUUGUCUGCUCUACCAUAUUUUGGGUUUCAUUCUUCCAGCACUAAUAAUGCUGUUCUGCUGCUCUGGCAUCCUGCUGCGGCUGCGGCGUGGCUCCCAGUGCAAGCAGAAGAGGAGGGCCAUUCGUGUCAUCGUAGCUCUGGUAGUAGCCUUCUUUAUCCACUGGACGCCCUACAACAUCACCCUCAUCGUUGACACCAUACAAACCAAUCAGACCAUCAAUCCCAGUAACCAAACAUCCUGUGGAAACUUCACAUCGUUGGACGUAGCUCUCACAGCUACUUCCACACUGGCCUACUUACACUGCUGUGUCAACCCAGUGCUUUUGUGGGCCUGGUGUCACAGAAGAGCUUUCUGAAACAUCAUGUGCCAUCAAACUAAUAUAUGUACAAUCAAUGUCAUCUUUUUUCU